CCACGCAAGCACGUUGGGAUCUUGAACCAUAACCUUAGUUAUGUACUCAUCAUUUCAUCGAAAGAUUAGUACUUGAAAAAAUGGAAUGAGAUUGAUUAAAAAUAAUGGACAAGUGUUACAAUUUCAUAAAAUAACUAAAGUAGUUCAUGGUAAUCGAAAAUGUUCCCAACAAAACGAUUGAUACCAGAACUUCUAGCACGAGGCAGUGUCUUAAUUAAACCGCAGAUUCUAUCAAGAUCAUUACCAGCAGUGACUGUGCAUUCACGCCGAGGUAAGAAGAGUGACACCAGGGAUCCAAACUCGGUGUUCCAUCCAAUUCCAGUGCAGCCUACCUCCGACGACAUAAAUGUCGGUGCCGAGAUAACGGGAGGCUCCCUGAAAAAAUCCGAUCUCCAGAGAAUUCUCGCGAGUUUCUUCCAACGGAAAGAAAUCUUAGUUUUAGCUAAAGACUAUGGCCUAGAUCACGAUCUUCAGCAGCAGGCCUUCAACAGCUUUCGCAAGUACUGUCUGGAUGCUGAUACUCUUCCCGUGGACCUGCACGUGGUCAUCUCAGAUAUUCUUCAGGGUGCUGGCCACGUGACAGACAUAUUCCCUUACUUUAUACGCCACGCAAAAGAAAUUUUCCCUCACCUGGAGUGUAUGGACGAUCUGAAGAAGAUAUCUGACCUCCGAACCCCGGCCAACUGGUAUCCCCUAGCGCGGUCAAUAACCAGAAAGAUCAUUUUUCAUGCUGGACCCACCAAUAGUGGAAAAACUUAUCACGCUCUGGAACGAUUUAAAACAGCAAAAAGCGGACUCUACUGUGGACCCUUAAAGCUUUUAGCCACUGAGGUAUUCAGAAGGACUAAUGAUUUGGGGACAUGCUGUGAUCUUGUGACGGGCGAAGAAAGACAAUUUGCGAGGGACGAAGGACAUCCUGCUGAUCACAUCUCCUGUACUGUAGAAAUGGCGCGCAUAAAUUUACCCUGUGAAGUUGCCGUUAUCGAUGAGAUCCAGCUUCUUAAGGAUUAUGGAAGAGGCUGGGCUUGGACCAGGGCACUUCUUGGCAUCCCCGCUAAUGAAGUUCACCUGUGUGGAGAAGCUGGUGCUAUCCCCUUGGUUCAAGCUCUGUGCAUGACAACUGGAGAAGAUGUAGAAAUCAGACGAUAUAAACGUCUAACGGAACUAGAAAUCGAAAACGAUGCAGUAAGAAGUUUGAGGAAUAUUCAACCUGGGGAUUGUAUAGUCUGCUUUAGUAAAAACGAUAUUUACACAGUAUCCAGAGAACUUGAGGCUUUGGGCAUUGAAGUAGCUGUUAUUUACGGUGGGCUUCCCCCGAAUACAAAGUUAGGUCAAGCUGCAAAGUUCAAUGAUCCUGACCAUCCCUGUAAAGUUAUGGUUGCAACUGACGCUAUAGGAAUGGGUUUGAAUCUGCACAUAAGGAGAGUGAUUUUCUACUCAAUGAUAAAGCCGACAGUAAACGAGAAAGGUGAGAAGGAGAUGGACAAAAUUUCAGUUUCCUCGGCGUUACAAAUAGCAGGUAGGGCAGGUCGUUACGGAACGCAAUGGGAUAAGGGUUUCGUCACUACAUUCAAGCCAGAAGACCUCCCCUUGCUCAAGUCAAUACUCAGUCAAUCUCCGGAGCCCAUAACACAAGCAGGUCUUCACCCAACAGCUGAGCAAAUCGAACUGUAUGCUUAUCACCUACCGAAGGCUGCUCUAUCGAAUUUGAUGGACAUCUUCGUGUCCUUAUGCACAGUUGAUGACUCUUUGUACUUCAUGUGUAAGGUCGAUGACUUCAAAUUUUUAGCAGACAUGAUUCAACAUGUUCCUCUGCCUUUGAGGGCCAGAUACGUUUUCUGCUGCGCACCAAUCAACAACAAGGUUCCUUUCCCCUGCACAAUGUUCCUCAAAUUUGCGAGACAGUACAGUAAAAAUGAGCCAAUUACCUUUAAUUGGUUGUGCCAACAAAUAGGCUGGCCUUUCCAACCACCACAAAGAAUCAUCGAUUUAGUUCACUUGGAAGCCGUUUUUGACGUGCUCGAUCUGUAUCUAUGGCUCAGUUAUCGAUUUAUGGAUCUGUUCCCUGAUACCAAUAUCGUCAGAGACGUUCAGAAGGAACUGGAUGCCAUUAUUCAGGAGGGAAUCGUUCAGUUAACGAAAUUACUCAGAAACUCGGAGACUGGCGUGAGUAGUGGAGCCGCAUCACUCUCAGAUGAAGACAACUUCGCACUCAACACACAAAAGAACAAAUAUUAUAGAGAAUCUGGAGAGGGUUUUGGCAGAGGAAAACUGACGGAAAGAUUACUCUCUCAGGGGCUGUUGACUCCUUCUAUGCUCCAAGAGCUGCAAAAGGAAUGGACACAACAAGGACAAAAAGGCAAACCAAUACUGAAGAAAUAUGGAAAAGGCAGAAAAUGGAAAUGAUGUUUAAAUUUUAAAGAAUUUUUUUCAAGAUAAGGAUGAUGUAUAUAUUUUAGGAUUAAAUGAAUUUAGAUUUCAAGUCACAGGUUGGAAUAAUAUUUUCUUUCAUCAUACUAUCGAGCAUAUGGUGACAAAUUGAAGAGAAACAAGUUUGGUAUGAUAUUUUACCUAACCAAUUGGUGAAUGACGCUUUUGGCAAGUGUGAAAAUUCUUGUCGCGCAAUAGGGAAAAAAGGUAAAACGGGAAUAAAUUUUGAUAAACAAUUCGAA